AUGAAGUUAUGCAUAUAUGGAAAUGAGAAAUUAUCAUCUUUGAUCAUAUCAGUUUUUUACCUUUAUUACGAUGUGGCUAAUUGCAUUUGGAUUAUCAAUUCAUUUUUUUUUAAUAUUCAUUUUAUUAUAAUUUACUGCUCUUUCACAAUGAUAACAGUUUAUAUUACACGUUAUGCAACACAACAACCCAUUCAACCAAAUAUAACAAGAUUAGUUUACAAAAUGAAACCUCAUGUACUCUAUGGAAAUUUACUUGAUUGGGUUCGAUAUUUAGUUGCUUGGCAACCAUUAAUUUUAAUGAUUGUACAAGGUGUUAAUUAUAUACGUUGUCUUGAAUAG